UUGAUUACAGGACAGAGUCUGAAUUAAAGGGGAUGUGAGGAGGAGGCCGGAGGAUGGAUAUAGAGGAUGGAUGAAUGUGAGAAUGUACGGGGCCACGGGGGAGGAGCGCUCCCUCAAAAGCCAGCGGCUGUGUCGUGUAAUGAACCAGUCCAGGCUGAGCAGAGCACCGAGCACAGGGCGCAGCAUCAGGGAUUCAAGGAACCGCUGCUGCAACUACAGGAAGAGGCACUAGGAGGCCCGAGCAAGGCAGCUAGAAAGCCUCAGCCCAGAGGAGCAGUGCCUGUGGAUGGACAGUGCAGGCACCCAUGGCAUCACAGGAGAUUGUGGAUGCAAGAGACUCUGCCGCUGACAAUCUGAACCCAGGAAUGGAGGGUGGUGCUGUGCCCACUAGCGGUAAAACCUGUCCUGUCCACACCCCAGGCGGGGAGGACACAAAGAGGGGUUUUCGGAAAGGCAUAGGGAGGCACAAUGACUACGUGAAGAUCUCCGUGCCCGAAUCCAAGGUCAAUCGUCUGCCCAUGGAGUGGUGGAAGACGAUAAUAGUCUUCUUUUACGCCGGCUUCAACUUGGUCCUGACCACAGUCGUCAUCACUGUAGUCCAUGAAAGGGUCCCACCCAAAGAAAGCAGUCCACCUCUUCCUGAUAAGUUUUUUGACUAUAUUGACAGAGUGAAGUGGGCGUUCACAGUGACAGAGAUCAAUGGCAUGGUGCUGCUGGCCAUUUGGCUGAUCCAGUUGUUCUUCUUCAGAUACAAGUCAAUAGUGAUCAGGCGGUUCUUCUUCCUCAUCGGCACUCUGUACUUGUACCGCUGCGUCACUAUGUACAUCACCACCCUGCCUGUGCCCGGCAUGCAUAUGACCUGUGCUCCUAAGCUCCACGGAGACUCACAGGCAAAAAUCCAGCGAAUUCUGCGGCUGAUUUCAGGUGGGGGUCUUUCCAUUACAAACUCCCAUCUCCUGUGUGGAGACUUCCUCUACAGUGGACACACUGUGAUGCUCACCCUCACGUACCUAUUCAUCAAGGAGUACUCGCCGCGGUCGUUCUGGUGGUACCAUCUGAUGUGCUGGCUGCUGAGCGCCGUGGGUGUGGUGUGCAUCUUGGUGGCACAUGAGCACUACAGUGUGGAUGUGGUUGUGGCCUAUUUUAUCACCUCCCGCCUGUUCUGGUGGUACCACACCAUGGCCAACUUACAGACUCUGAAAUGCUCGCCCAACAACUACCUCACCAACACCUGGUGGAAUCCACUGUUCAACUUCAUGGAGAAGAACGUCCAAACGUCUGUGCCAUGCUCGUACAGCUGGCCCAUCACCUGGCCUCCCUCCUGCCUUAAGAACCCCUGCAAGAAGUACUCCAUGGUGCAGAGCACACGGGAGGAGUGACCCUGACAUCCCAGCAGUGUUGCCUGAUAAUCCACUGAAGUGGUAUACAUUCAUUCUGGUAGACAAGACUACCAGACAGGAACAGAAUGAUACCAAAUGUGUAGUGAUGAAAGAAACAAAAAUGUGCCUAGAAGGAUAAUCAUGUCGUCUCUGUGUGUUCUUUGCCACUGUAAUUUAUUUGUGAGAUAAACAAAGUUCUCAUUGUUUUUGUAAAUGAUUCUUGUAUCAGCUCCUGGUGAAUUUCAGACAUGAACGGACAGUUUGAUGCAACAAAUACUGCAACAGGUUUGUGGCAGUAUUUGCAGGAUUUUGAUUUUGGAUCUGCUACCGUAACUCUCUCAUACUGUAUGUAUUGAUGGGGUUUACCUCAAUAUAAUAUCAGUGUGCUCAAGUCACAGGGUGCCUUAGUGUAUUAAAUGUCAGUAGGUGUACCAAAACUGCCAUUAUGAGUCUUGGUGUAUUUGUUUUUAUUUGUUUUUUUUCUAUUAUUAUGAUUACUAUUAUUUUUAAUUUUGUAUUCAUUUUAGUAGCCUUGAAUGUGUAUAUCCUAGCUGUAGUCUCAACAUUGUACUAUUGUAUUAAAAUGUAACCAUACUAAGGCUUCACUGUAUUUUCUGGUUUAAUUUAUGCUACGUAUUAUGGUAUAUACUACAACUAGUUUUUGAUUAUUUCAUAUUUAAUGCAUCCCUCCUACCAUUCAGAAUAUCUAUUUUUCACAAGUUACAAAAUAUGUUUUUUAAAAUAAUUCCUUUAAAUUGUGGAAGUGAAGUCUAAGGCAGAUGAUUAUGUAUUAAAUGAUGUGCACAUGAAGGAAAGAAAUGCGCAAAGGCUGUGUACCUCUGCAUUUGUACAGUACAUCUCCCAGUUUUACAAACUAUUAUUAAAUUAAGCAUAGAAACUGUUGCUACAUAUGGAUUAAAUGUUUAAUAUGGUCUCCUCUGUCCUUAAUGUUUUCAUGUCAUCUAUCUGUUUCAAACAAAUAUUAAAGACUGAAUGUAAUUUGCAGUUGCUACAUGUAGAUUAUAUUUUAUAGGCUAUGCUUGAAAGUAGCAUU